ACUUCUUUUUUUUCAAGUGUUUUGCUUUACCUUCUGAACAAGUGACAGAGUUGCAAGCUGAGGGAGGAGAACUUGUCUCCAAGUUUCGCCGUAUCCUCUUCACGAUGGAGCCUCGGGCACAUUUCUACCGCGAGGAAAUCAACAAGACGGUGUGGGAGGUCCCGGAGAAAUACACCCGGCUCAAGCAGAUAGGGACCGGGGCGUACGGCUCCGUGUGCUCAGCAAUAAAUGAGAAGACCAAAGAAAAAGUGGCCAUCAAGAAGCUCCACAGGCCCUUCCAGUCAGAGAUCUUCGCAAAGAGGGCCUACAGGGAGCUGCGACUGCUCAAACACAUGAAGCAUGAAAACGUGAUAGGACUUCUUGAUGUGUUUUCAUCCGCCUCGAGCCUCGAUGACAUGCAGGACUUCUACCUGGUGAUGCCUUACAUGUUUACGGACUUGUCGAAGGUCCGAGGUCAUCUCACAGAAGACAAAGUCCAGUUUCUCGUCUACCAGAUGCUGUGUGGUCUCAGGUACAUUCACAAAGCUGGCAUCAUCCACAGGGAUCUAAAGCCCGGAAACUUGGCAGUAAACCAGGACUGUGAACUGAAGAUCCUGGACUUCGGGCUGGCUCGCAGUACUGACGCCGAGAUGACGGGCUACGUGGUGACCCGCUGGUACCGGGCACCCGAGGUCAUUCUCAACUGGAUGCACUACACGCAGACUGUGGACAUCUGGUCUGUGGGCUGUAUCAUGGCAGAAAUGAUCAAUGGAAAAACCCUUUUCAAAGGGAGAGAUUACAUGGACCAGCUGACUCAGAUCAUGAAAGUGACUGGAGUGCCUGGAGCAGAGUUUAUACAGAAGCUGGACAGCCAAGAGGCCAAGAGUUAUAUUAAGGCCCUUCCGCGCUAUCCCAGAAAAGACUUCUCAACGUUGUUCCCCAGAGCGAGCGCAAAGGGUAUUGACCUGCUGGAGAAGAUGCUGGUUCUGGACGGAGACGAGAGACCCACAGCUGAACUAGCUCUGGAGCACCCAUAUUUCGACAGCCUACGGGACCUAGAUGACUUGCCUCCGCCUGCACCAUACGAUGAUAGCCAUGACAACGCCACCCUGUCCCUGGAUGAGUGGAAGCGGUUAUGCUUUAAAGAAGUGAGGAGCUUUGUGCCAUUCCCACGCCGGGACUCGAAGAGGAAAAACACCUUGACUAUGUCUCCGUGACCUGAUUGAUGUCUUUUAACUACUGAUGCCCCAACCUACACAGCAUAUUGCCAAUGGUGCCCUUGUAUAUUCCAACCAUGGAUUCAUUCUGUUUCUUUUAUUCUGGCCAGUGAAGAAUA